AUGUUGGACACCAAGGGGCCAGAGGUUAGAAGUGGAGAUGUGCCUCAACCAUUCCUUCUUAAGGAGGGGCCAGAGUUCAAUUUUACCAUUAAAAGAGGAGUCAGCACAGAGAACACAGCAAUGGUAGCCCGUGGAGACCUUGGAGCUGAACUUCCAAUUGAGGAUGUCCCUUUAUUACAGGAAGACAUCAUUAGAAGAUGUCACAGCAUGCAGAAGCCAGUGAUUGUAGCCACAAACAUGCUAGAAAGCAUGAUUAAUCAGCCAACUCCUACAAGAGCAGAAGUUUCUGACAUUUCAAUUUCUGUUCGAGAAGGUGCUGAUGCCAUCAUGCUUUCAGGAGAAACUGCCCAUGGAAAGUACCCACUGAAAGCAGUUAAAGUACUGCAUACUGUGGCUUUGAGGACUGAGUCUGUCAAAAUGCUUGAAUUUGGGUUGAAAGUGAGCCAUAUGGGUGCCAUGUUUGCUUUCCACGCCACCACAAUGGCUAACACUCUUGCUACUCCCAUAAUUGUCUUCACCAGAACAGGGUCCAUGGCUUUACUUUUAAGUCAUUAUCGGCCUUAUUCAACAGUAUUUGCCUUCACGAACGAGGAAAGGGUAAAGCAGAGGCUGGCUCUUUAUCAUGGUGUGAUGCCUAUAUAUAUGCAGUUUUCAGAUGAUGCAGAGGAGACCUUUGCUCGAGCUUUAAAACUUCUGUUGAGUAAGAGUUUAUUGUAG